GGGAAAUCAAAAUCCGUUAAGAGCUAUGUAUGGAGGUGUGAAUGUUAUGGGAGAACCACUUACCGGCGCGUGAUUAAUGGGAAAAAAGUGACUUGUUUUGAAGAACCAAUGGUUAAGAAGAAGUCGAAGAAGUGUAAUUGCCCUGUGAUGUUGUAUGGUUCUCGUACCAAUGAGAAUAAUUGGGUUGUGAAGACUGUUGUAAACGAACACAUGAACCAUAACCCUACGCCAAGCAAGUCUAAUCAUAUUUCGAUGUAUAGGGUGAAAAAGAUUACAGAUGUGUUAUUGAAAAAUAUGGAAAAUGAUCAUGAUUCAGGGACGCCCGUUGCACAGAUUUUCAACAACUUAGCAGGAAGAAGGAAUGGGGUUGAGAAUAUAGGAUUUUCGAAGAAAGAUAUUCAUAAUGUUUUGAAUAAGAGGAUGAGACUGAGGCUUAGGGAUGGUGAUGCUGCAGCAAUGAUCAACUACUCAGAUAAAAUGACCAAGGAUAACCAAAACUUUUUCCAUCUGCACCGGUUAGAUAAAGGAGGAAAGUUGCAGGACGUAAUGUGGGUGGAUGCUCGUAGCAGAGCGGCGUAUCAGUAUUUUGGUGAUGUUGUAUGUUUUCACUCGACCUACUUGACAAACAAGUAUGAGUUGCCGUUCUCGAACUUUGUGGGGGUAAAUCAUCAUGGGCAAACUAUAUUGUUAGGAUGUGCGUUAUUGUCCCAUGAAAAUGCAGAGACCUUUGUGUGGUUGUUUAGGGCUUGGUUGUCAUGUAUGGGAGGAAAAGCUCCAGCCGCAAUAAUGACUGACCAAGAUGCAGCAAUGAGGAAGGCAAUUCGAAUAGUGAUGCCAAUGCCACAUACCCGACAUCGGUGGUGCAUGUGGCACAUUAUACAGAAGUUCAGCCGGAAACUUGGUUCUCUUACAGAUUAUCCCCAAAUUAAAGUGGCGUUACAGAAUGUAAUCUACAACAGUUUAUCACCAGAAGAGUUCGAGGAAGGUUGGGCUGAAGCAAGUAAAAAAUAUAAGCUGGAGGUAUGUGUUGAUGACACAAACAAGGACACAAAGCAAAGCUCUAAGUGGCUUCAAGUUCUGUACAAGCAGAGAGAUAUGUGGAUACCGGCGUAUGUCAAACAUAUAUUUUGGGCAGGGAUGCAGACGACUCAGCGGGUUGAAAGCAUAAAUAGUUUUUUCGAGGGGUACCUGAAGAAGAACACGAGAUUGUAUCAGUUUGCUCCUAGAUAUUGCAAGGCCAUGGAGAGUAGGGCGAAUGAUGAAAGAGCUGCGGAUGUGAAUUGUAGCCGUUUUACAAGGCCUUUGGUUGGGGAGUUUGCGUAUGAGAGAAAAUGUCAGAAAGUAUAUACGGAUGCGAAGUUUGUUGAAGUUCAGGUCCAGUGCACGCGGGUAUGUUAUGUGACCCCUGUUAGUAAAAAAGACAUUUCUGAUAUAGAGGUAGAGCAUACCGUCUCCGAUAGAGUGUGGAUAUGGUCGAAGUUUUUAAAAAAGGAAAUAUCUUUGGGUGGCCCUAAGCGUACUUAUGUGGUAUUGUUCAACAAAGAAACCUUAUUUGGGAAGUGUGACUGUAAAUACUUUGAGUGCCACGGCAUUGUUUGUAGGCAUAUAAUAAAAGUGUUAGACAUGGAGAAUGUGGUAACAGUUCCUGCAUCAUACACUAUGGAUCGAUGGAGGAAAGAUAUUCAACGUAAGCAAACCCUUGUGAAGGUAGCUUAUCAUGAUCCUGAGAAAACAGAGGAAAUUAAUCGGUAUGACAAAAUUAUGAAUGCAGUAGAACCUGCUGCUUUACUUGGGUCCCAGAAUGAGCAAAAACUUGACAUAAUGCUUGAGAUGGUUCGGGCUGCUAUGUUACGUAUGGAUGUAAGUGACGUAGUGACAACAGAAGUGGCCGAUAAUGAAGGCGGUGCAGCAUCCGUCCUUAAUAGAAGGGGCAGUGACGGGCCACCAACGCCUGGGUCGGUUAAUAAACCGCCUAAUAGUUCUGGAGAAGAAAGCCCUUGUCAGUCACCACCCAUUCUUGCCAAAGAUCCUGUUCCGCGAGGUGGGGUAAAGGCUCAUAGGCCUCGUGAGAAACGUUUUAUCCCUCCUGGUGAGAAUACAAAGCCAGCUAAAAAGCAAGUACGGAAAAACAAGAAAGGCGUGGCUGAAGAUGAUCCUCCUGAACAACCUGCUACUAAUCCUCCUGUACCUUUUAAACAACCUAUGGAUCUGGUAGCUAUGAAUCCUGAUUACACCGGGCACCAAGGAAUAAAGUACGGUAACGCACAGAACAACUUCCAUCCCGGCUGGCCAAAUCAAUUUGUAAUGGCUGGGUAUAAUACGGUGAAUGUAGUGGAUCCGCAACAUCAAGUUGGAGGAAACAAUGUCCGUGCUUGUGUAGGUCAGAUGAGUGGGACUCUUAUAUAUCCGCAACACAACUACAACAAUGGAGCACCCAUGCAAAACUAUUAGGUGAUUUUAUUGAUCAUGUAUUAUGCAGUAUUAUGAACUACUUCACGUUUUUUGGUCAAUGACUUAAUGCUCUGAUUCAGGCAUCUGCUACUAGAGUAGGAGGUGGUGUUGCUACAAAUUUGUUUCCACAGUCUCAAGUUCGCAUGUCCGUCGGUGGGAUUCGUAUGUCCCAAGAUGGGGAUGAUUUGAUAGGGUCUCAAGAUCCAUGUGUUAUGCCCCUGUCACAAAAGAUGAGUGGAGUUCAAAUGUCCCAAAUAUCUUCAAAUGUAGGUGGUGUUCAUAUGUCACAAAACCUAAGCGGACAGGGAAUUUUUCAUAUGUCACAAAACCAAAGUGGAACUCAAAUGUCCCAAAACGUAGGUGGAAUCUUUGAAGGAUCCGGAAAUCAGUUUAUACAGGGAGGCAAUGGUAACCACAAUUUUCAAGGUACUCCAGGUUUUCAAGGUGACGGUAGUGACAGAAACUAUCAACGCACAGAUAAAUAUCAAUGCUUUGCUGGAAAUAAUAGCAACCAGGUUCAACGCAACGGAAAUCAUACAUUUCAUGGAAGUCGUACUCCUAUAUUCACACAAGACCUAUUGAGUUGUCAUGACUUGACGAAGAACUAAUACAAAUAAGACUCAAAUUCAGAAGUCCUCUCAGAAGUCCUGUUAUACCUUAAUAAACGUUGUAGUUGAGUUGUCUAAUAUUUGUGAUUAUGUACCAUUCUGUAUGAAUAUGUAAGUUUAAUUGUUGUUUGGUUUACGUGUGUAACUGUACCAUUCUGUAUGAAUAUUGUACGUUUAGAUAAAUGUAUGUGAGACUAGCUACCUGAUUUUUUUACUCAACACGUUUUCGACUGAUUGAUUAAAGUAAAAUUAGCAAGUACAAUGCAAGUGGAUGAGGGUAAAAUAGUCAAUG